AUUGAUAUACCACGCGAUCUCGGUCGCAUGUUUAUGACGUUUCGCAUCUGCCACCAACCGGACGCUGGUUUUUGCUUCCUGGAGCUCGGCCAACAGGCUAUACAUGCACCUGCGAUAAGAAAAAAAAGCAGGAGGAUGAAGUUGGAAGGUGCCUGGACGCUGCUGCUUCUUGCCGUCUCUGCGUGGUCAGUACCAAUUGACCGCAAAGAGGUCCACCAGGAAGUCAAAGAUGAAGAGCAAGUGGAGAGCAUGGACACGGGUCUGUACUAUGACCGAUACCUCCGAGAGGUGAUUGAGGUCUUGGAGACGGACCCUCACUUCCGGGAGAAGCUGCAAACAGCCAACACGGAGGACAUCAAGAACGGCCGCUUGAGCAAAGAGUUGGACUUGGUCAGCCACAACGUCAGGACGCGUCUGGACGAGCUGAAGCGCCAGGAGGUGUCGCGGCUCAGAAUGCUGCUCAAGGCCAAGCUAGACAGUACCAACACGCAGAGUCUGCAGAUGGACCACACCUCCCUGCUCAAGCAGUUUGAACAUCUGGACCCGCACAACCAGAAUGCCUUUGAGGCCAAAGACCUGGAGCUGCUCAUCUCCACGGCCACCAAAGACCUGGAGAACUACGACGCAGAGCGGCACGAGGAGUUCAAGCGCUAUGAGAUGCUGAAGGAGCACGAGAGGCGCGAGUACCUGAAGGGUCUGGACCAGGAGAAGCGGGAGAAGGAGGAGCAGCGCUUGCAGGAGCUGAAGGACAAACAUCGACAGCACCCCAAAGUCAACGCUCCUGGCAGCGUAGCUCAGCUGAGGGAAGUUUGGGAGGAGACUGACAGACUGGACCCCAAAGAGUUCAACCCCAAGACCUUCUUCAAGCUGCACGACACAAACGAGGACGGCGUACUAGACGAGCAGGAGCUGGAGGCGCUUUUCACUAAAGAGCUGGAGAAAGUGUACGACCCCAAGAACGAGGAGGACGACAUGAUGGAGAUGGAGGAGGAGCGGCUGAGGAUGAGGGAGCACGUCAUGAAGAACGUGGACACCAACAAAGAUCGACUGGUCAGCCUGGCCGAGUUCCUCAAGUCAACUGAGAAGAAAGACUUCAACUCCCCCAAAGAAUGGGAGACUCUGGAUGCCAAGCCGGCGUACACGGAGGAGGAACUGCAGCGCUUUGAGGCAGAGCUCCGUGACAAGGAGGAGGAGCUAAAGAGGAGGGCAGACAUGCUACAGCAGGAGCAAGAGCUGCUGAAGGAGCGAGGAAAAGCCCUGGAGGCCCAGAGGAGGGAGUACCAGCAGGCCGUACUGGAGAUGUCACAAAGGCACAAGGAGCAGCCGGGGGUUGACGGACAGCCGCCGGCCAGCCCUCGGGGAGAACUUCAGUUCCAGCCUCCGCAACAUGAAGAUCAAGGAAAAGUUGCUGUCGUGGAAAACCUUGAAGAUGCCCUAGUGCGCAAUAAUCUGCCCGCCGAACCGCCGCAGAACCUGCCCGCACACACUUGAACAACACGCACACACACGCACACGCACACGCACACACACACACACACACACUCUUUGACUUGCACUGACAUACAUCAGGGGUUGCACAGACAAGUCGAAGUGACUUCUCCACAAUGACGUUUCGAGCGUGUCGUCGACUAAUCACGCGUGUUUGGCUUGAGGAGGCGUGGAUUCGCUCACUGCAACAGGUGAGUGCAUUGUGUCUGAUGUCACUUAUGCAGAGUGCCCCAAAAGUUACUGUACACUUUUAUUUCGAUUGAGGCAUUACUUUUUGUAAACUUAUCCCCUCACUAAUUAACCUGAGACGGAUCCUCUUUUCAGAAACUUGACAUGGUGAAAAUAGAUUAUUACAAAGUGUUCCCAUCUCCUGGCUUUAAAAAAUAAAUAAUACUGUACAGAACCUAUCAACAGCAUCUGCGACUUUCGACUCGACUUUUAUCAUGUUAGUGUCGACAGUCGUGCAACCCCUGCAACAUGAAGAAUUGAACUGAAACUAUCGUUAAGUGUUCUUUUGCUGUGGUGAGAUUCAAAACAGUUUUAUUCUUGGUUCCUGUGAUAUCAAAUAAACUCGUAAUUUAUGGCCAGAA